AAUACAAAAAUCAAAAUUAGCGAGAUAAAGGACAAAACCACGCAGGAUGAGGAAAAAACGGAGGCGGAAGUACCAGGUAUUGGCAAGCAAGCAGAGGAGGAUUCUGCAAACUCUGCGGAUAGCGAGCUGGACAUAACCAGCGAGCGAUUUGAUCCAUUACGCGCACUAUACGCACCGGAAUACCGCAUUAGUGAGAAACUACCAAAAGUGUUGUACCAAAAUCUUGCAGCUUUCGAGAGUGCAUUUAAACGUUUCGGUAUUAUGAAUCUCAAUAAACGUAAUAAUACAGUCGUGCCUAAAAGCACAGAGAAAAAGGAUGAUAGCGCGUUGCGCGCUAAACCUGGAAGCUCAAAAGAACGUACAGUCAUAGCUGAGGAGGCACAACAACGUCGUUUUCAGCCACAUCAAAUGCCUGUGAAAGGUAUUGGCCGUAAGCAAAAGGAUACACACAAUAUUUUCACAUACAUUGAUGCAGUUACUGGCCCUAUGUCAGUAUUAAAAGCGUCCAUGAAAGAACAGCGCCGUAUACGUGUGUUGGUGCGACGUGAGUAUGGUAUACGUGGUAGUUUGGAAGGCACACUUGUAUGCUUUGAUAAAUUCUGGAAUUUAUGGUUACGCGAUGUGGAUGAAGUCUAUCAGCAACGUAAAUUUAAAUAUAGUGAAAAUAAAAUGUGUGGGGUGCCGAAGGAUUGCACAUGGAGAUUACAAGAACUCGGUAUUAAACUGCCAAAACAAGAAGUGAAAAGCAUUAAUAGAAAAAAUGUGGAAAUCCGUAGACAUUUGCAACAGUUGUUUCUACGUGGCGAACAAGUUGCGCUUUUAGUAUUACUACCAAACACCAAAAGUGAUUUGAAACAAAUGGAGACGUGAAAAUGAAAAUACUGUAUAUGGUAAUAUACAAAAAAUUUUGCUAAGCUAUAUUCUCGUCUAUAAACUUUAUUAUUUUUAUACAAUACAAGUGAAUAAAAUAUUUGUAUUCAUUCCAAAUAAAAA